UUGUGUGCCGCUGAGAUCUCUCCCUGACUUGGCGCCUUUUUCCAUCCAAUGAUGGCAGACAUUUCUCCGGCCGCUUCGAUCCGGCGGGGAGCUCACGCUUUUCCGGUCCCGGAAUCUCGUCCUACGUACUCUUUCUUCUUUCCAAGGCUUUUUUUGUCUCCAUGGACGGCGUCGGGAUCUGGAGCCGCGACAUCGGGCCGCCGGAACCCUGGCAUUCCGUCACCGCUGUUUGCUUCGCGGUGUGCCUCUGCGGCGCUAGGUUCCUCCUCGACAAAUUCAUCUUUCGGGGUGUGACUGUUUGGUUGUUAGGCAAGAGAGCUGCUUCAGUGAAGAUAGAUGAGGUUACACAGGCGACAAUUAUUAAAUGCACUGAGUCGAUGUGGAAAUUGACAUACUAUGCAACUCUUGAAGUGUAUGUUCUGAAGAUUCUGUUUGAGGAAUCAUGGUUCUGGGAUUCACAACUGUACUUCAGAGGCUUGCCAAAUCAAGAAUUGAACAUUGUGGCUCCUAAGUUUCUAUCCUUAAGUACUCACUUGUCAUUUUUCCAUUGCAGGCUUUCCAUUAUGCUAUAUUACAUGUGCCAGUGUGGAUUCUACCUCUAUAGUAUUCCUGCUCUCGUUUUGUGGGAAACUAGAAGAAAAGAUUUCUCUGUCAUGAUGUCUCAUCAUGUUAUUACAGUAGCUUUGAUCGGAAUCUCAUAUGUUACAAGCUUUUUCCGGAUAGGUACAAUCAUUCUGGCCCUCCAUGAUGCUAGUGAUGUAUUCUUAGAAGCUGCUAAAAUCUUUAACAAGACCAGGAAGGAGCUUGGAGCAAGCAUUUGCUUUGGCUUAUUUGCUGUCUCAUGGCUCAUUCUGCGAUUGAUAUUCUUUCCAUUUUGGAUUAUCAGUAGUACAAGCCGCGAUCUUGUGGAGUAUUUGGAUUUAAGACAGUGGUACCCGAGAUCACUGUACUAUGCAUUCAACACGUUGCUGAUCAUGUUACUUAUAUUCCACAUCUACUGGUGGAUUCUGAUAUGGGCUAUGAUAAAAAGGCAGCUACUGAACAGAGGAAAGGUCGAAGGCGAUAUAAGAUCUGACUCGGAAGAAGAGGAUUGAAUGCGCGAAUAGGCAGCAGUAUUGCUCGUCGGAGUUGUCUUGUCUGACGGAGGGCAGUAGGGGGCGAGGCAGUUAGGGGGUUUUGACUAUGAUUCUUGUUGUAGGGUAGGGUGUUGGUGAAGCUCUAAUAUUAGUUCCAUCUUCUCAGAAUUCUGAUGUGGAGAUCAAAGCUCUUGCUGGUGCAAGUGUAGAGAUGAGUUGACGAAAGUAGAGCAAAGGACCAGAGCAGAGAGGCAGGCAGGCAGGCAGUACGGUGGUGUUCUUGUUAGUUGAUAUUUUUGGGGUCAAGUGUCUUCUAUUUUUUUACCAUUUACUCUACAUUUGGUGUAUACAUGAUAUGAUAGGCAACUCAACUCCUGUGAUAUGAAAUUUCCCAAGCUCAGUAAAUUUACAGAAAGUAUAUAGUUUCCAUUCCCAAUUCACAACCUAUAUUUUUCUCUGAAAACCACCAUGUUAUUCUGUGUAGGGCUGGAAGUUUGGU